CGACUACUAGUAUUCGCAACUCCUCUUUCUCAGAAUUUCUCGGAUCUACAGCAAUCGAUCACCAAAACAGACACACAAAAAUGGCUCGUUUCUCGUUCUUUGCAAUCAUGGCCCUUGCCAUGGCCAGCGUCACCAAUGGUUUCGCACCAGUUUCCGCUCCUAGCAACGCCGUGACCGGAUCCCGAUUUUCGACCGAGCUCGGAGUUGCCAUCGACACGUCCGACAUCAAGAACGGAAUGACCAUUGAAUUGGACGGUGAGCCAUGGAAGGUAUUGGGUUUCAGCAUCAUGAAGCAAGCUCGUGGUGCCGCCAAAACCACCAUUAAGUUCAAGAACUUGAUCAAGGGCAACACAAUUGAAAACACAUACCGCAGCGGAGAAAAGUUCGAGACCGCCUUGAUCGAAAAAUCGGACCACCAAUAUACCUACGCCGACGGAGUAAGUAUAGAAGUCGGGCAUCGAAAAGUGACAAACGAGACGAUUGUUCGAGUGCUUGAAUUUGCGAUCCUGCACCUGUUUGGCUUAAUUUUUGAGUCAAUCCAUCAGUUUUUCUGCACAACUCACCAAAAUGUUCGACAAAACCCAAACUGUGCCUCCUUCGUUUGCUCCAUGUCUGGCAUCGCACCCGAAAUUAUUCGAACGAACCACAGGAUCUCUUUUACUUUAUGAAUUCUGAAACAUUCGAAGAGGUCCCGGUCAGUGCCAAGACCGUAGAUGACCAAGAGGAUUGGCUCGAAGAAGGCAUGGAAGUUUCUUUGGUUUUCUUCAAGGGUAAUGUGAUCGAGGUUGUCGUUCCCAGUACCGGAGUUUACGAAAUUGUCGAAACAGAACCCACGAUCAAGGGCAACACCGCCCAGGGUCACACGAAGCCCGCACUUCUAAGCUGUGGUGCUACGGUUACCAUUCCGGGAUACCUCGAACAGGGAGAAAUGAUCAAAGUAGAUACCGGCAAGAGAGCGUUUCUCGAAAGAGCCAACAAAUAAACAAAGAAUCCGUUUAAAAUAGGACUCUGUACCGAAAGGAAAGCACGAAUGCUUGUGCACAUCGUCUACACUUCAAAAUCUCACGUUUCGCGACGAAACAGGUUGCCAGCUGACUGGUCCUAUCGAAAUUUUAUUGUUCCAUAGUUCAUUUUCUGCUUGCAUUCCGGAUGUCGCACCACGAUGCAGAUCCAUUCACGCGCUACCAUGCUGCGAACCACAAAAUAGACAGACUUUUGGAUC